AAGUCAAACCCCUCCUGACAGUCACCUGACUAAAACAAAUUCAUGCCUGCAUGACUUUCUAAGAAAACUGGCCAUAAUCGGCCACGUUAAAUGCGUAAUUAGUUUAGUUAUUAGGUAAAUCGUUCAGAGUAGAUGUUGUAGCUGCUCGGGGAGAUGCUAACUUUCGUCACUGGAGACAAGUUAUGGUUAAUGCAGCUAGCUAGCUAGCUAAAUGAAUGCUCUACUGCCGUCUCUUCUGGAUUGUAACCGCUGGAGAAGACAGGAGUCAAAAUGCCUCAGUCAGCUACUGUCAUCAGUGGGAUCCAGAGGAUGGUCCUUUACGAAACCAGAGCCAGGUAUUUUUUGGUUGGAAGCAAUCAGGCCCAGACCAAACACCGAGUCCUAAAGAUUGACCGCACAGAACCCAAGGACCUGGUCAUAAUUGACGAUAAGCAUGUGUAUAACCAGCAGGAGGUGCGGGAGUUGCUGGGCCGCCUGGAUCUGGGCAACCGCACAAAGAUUGGCCAAAAGGGUUCCUCUGGCCUCUCCAGGGCUGUCUCAGCCUUUGGCAUUGUGGGAUUUGUACGUUUCCUCGAAGGGUACUAUAUUGUGUUGAUCACAAAACGCAGAAAGAUGGCUGACAUCGGUGGCCACUCCAUCUACAAGAUAGAAGACACCACCAUGAUCUACAUUCCCAACGACUCGGUCAGAGUUACACACCCCGAUGAAGCGAGAUAUGUGCGGAUAUUUCAGAAUGUGGAUCUCUCGAGCAACUUCUACUUCAGCUACAGCUAUGACCUGAGCCACUCGCUGCAGUACAACCUGACUUUGCUGCAGAGACCUUACGAACCGUGGAUGACAGCGGCUUCCACUGCUCGGGAAAAGGUCCAAACGCAGAGCAAGCAGGACAGCUUUGACAUAUUUGAGGAUGAAGGUUUGCCCACGCAAGUGGUUUAUGGCCUCCAGAACGAGCCGUACUACAAGUACGUGUGGAACGGGAAGCUCCUGGAGCGAGUCAAGGACAUAGUGCAUCAUGACUGGCUCAUGUAUAUAAUCCACGGCUUUUGUGGCCAGUCUAAGCUCCUGAUCUACGGCCGACCGGUUCACAUCACCCUCAUCGCCAGGCGCUCCAGCAAAUUUGCCGGCACCCGCUUCCUCAAAAGAGGAGCCAACUGCGAGGGAGACGUGGCUAACGAGGUAGAGACCGAACAGAUCGUCCACGAUGCCUCGGUGAUGUCCUUCACAGCAGGAAGCUACUCCUCAUACGUCCAGGUGCGCGGUUCGGUCCCGCUCUACUGGUCUCAGGACAUCUCCACCAUGAUGCCAAAGCCCCCGAUACGAUUGGACCAAGCCGACCCAUACUCCCAUAUAGCUGCCCUCCAUUUUGACCAGAUGCUGCAGCGGUUCGGCUCGCCUAUCAUCAUCCUCAACCUGGUCAAGAAACGGGAAAAAAGGAAACAUGAGAAGAUUCUGAGUGAAGAGCUGUUUCCAGCUGUGAUCAACCUCAAUCAGUUCCUCCCUCCGGAACACUGCAUCGACUACAUCGCCUGGGACAUGGCCCGAUACACCAAGAGCAAGUUGUGCAACGUCCUGGACCGCCUGAGCAUGAUUGCAGAGAACGUGGUCAAAAGGACUGGUUUCUACAUCAACCGCUCCGACUUCUACUGUCACACCAUCAGGCCAGAUGACAGAUGGGAAGCCGUAGGUGGACACGUGACAUUCAGUGGACGAGUGCAGACUGGUGUGUUGCGGACCAACUGUGUGGAUUGCCUGGACCGGACCAAUACCGCUCAGUUCAUGGUGGGGAAGUGCGCGCUGGCCUAUCAACUUUAUGCACUGGGAAUGAUUGACAAGCCCAAGCUCCAGUUUGAUACGGACUGUGUGAGGCUGUUCGAGGAGCUGUACGAGGACCACGGAGACACUUUAUCUCUGCAGUAUGGCGGAUCCCAGCUGGUCCACAGGGUCAAGACCUACCGCAAGAUCGCACCCUGGACGCAGCACUCCAAAGACAUCAUGCAGACGCUGUCACGCUACUACAGCAACGCUUUCUCAGAUGCUGACAGACAAGAUUCCAUCAACUUGUUCCUCCAAGUCUACCAGCCGUCCGAGUCCAAGCCGCACUUGUGGGAGCUGCCCACUGACUUCUAUCUGCACCAGAGGAACACCAUGGCACUGCCUCAAGACAGACGCAGCUACACCCUGUGGUGGUCAGAGGGAAUCCUGUCCUACCUCCCUGUGCCCUACGAUGAAGUCCCCUGUGACGACAACAUGAUGAAGGUCAAAGUGAAGAGAGUGAACCGCUUCGAUGAGAGCACUGACAUCUACACGGAGUUCUUCAAACCAUAUGAACUCACCUCCUUCGAUGACACGUUCUGCAUCGCCAUGACCAAUUCCGCAAGGGAAUUUAUGCCCAAGACUGUAGGAGUGGACCCAAGCCCAUUCACAGUUCGCAAACCAGAGGAAACGGGGAAAUCUGUGCUCGGCAACAAGAGCAGUAAGGAUGAGACGCUGCUCCAGAGAAAGACUGCAGCCAGCGCACCUCCGCCGCCAAGCGAGGAGGCCAUCUCCAGCACGUCCGAGGACGACUCGGAGGAUGACCGCGACGACGAGGGGUCCGUGUCCCAGCGCUCCACCCCGAUCAAACUGCUGACGGACUCCGGGGAGAGCAACCGCACUCAGGAGGAUGUCCAGCAGCAACAGACGUUUAAGGAGCCUUACGGACUCAAUCUGGCUGAGUUUCCUUCUGGAGAUGACCUGCUCAUAUACAAAAGGUUUGCUAAUUUGGGCGAGAGCCAGCACAGCGUGGAGAGAACUCAACACAUAAGCCCGGCCAACAUCAUCUCUUUGGAGCCGGUGUCCCGCUUCCCCGAGGACAGCGUCUUCGCCGUGUGUCCCCCGCAGGUCGGCAGAGACAGCCGCGACCUGUUCGAGAGCCACGUGAUGACGGGCCGCGGUCAAGUGAGGGCGCUGUGCAGGGAAGACAUGCUGAUGUACAGGGAGUACGUCAAGAACAGAUACAUGUGAAGACUACGAAGGUGUUGCAGCUUCAGUGUUUUCAUUUGUAGUUAGCUUCUUUCUACGGAUUCUUUAUAAGGAGAUGAAUAAUAUUUGGACUUUUCUGAAGGUUUUUUUCUUUUAAUUUUUAUUUUAUUUUAAAUGAAAUAAUUUGCGUUUUAAUAUUUUUUUCAUCCAGUCAUGAGUUACCAACAAUCUGCCUAUGUGGUGCUUUUUAUAUUUAUUUUUGUGCCCUUUUUUUUUCUUUUUGACUUUUUCUUUUUUUUAAAAAUGUAUUUAACUGUAUGCAAAUUUCAUAUUUCAGAUAUGUACAUUUAUGUAAAUACUUCUGAAUCAUUACCAUAAGUUAACUAAGUCAAGUAACUUAGUUAAAGACUUCUGCUCCGGGCUGUGCGCAGAGCUCCGCAAUGUUUGUUUUGUUUCAACACUGUAGACUUGAGAUCUGAAACCCUGUGUUGAAAGAGUCACUCUUUUAUUAUUUUAUUUGAUGGCUUCAUGGGAAAUGUAGGAUCUUGCAAUUCUGGAGGUUGACUCAUGCAAGGAAACCUCCGCUUUAGUUGUUGUGUCCUUGGUUUCCUUUGGUUACCAUUGGUCAAAGACCAAAUCUAGUCGGAUAUUUUCGCAGAUUUUUAUUUUAUUAUUUUUUUUAAUUUUAACUCAUGUUUUGAAUUGAAGUCAUCCUUAGACAAAAACACACCACUGUCACCUUGUUACGUGGGGUUUGAUCAAACCCUUACUCUGGUUUGUAGUGUGUUAAUAUAUAAUUAAUAUUACUGUCAGCUCACUGCUGUGUGCAGAAGUUCUAAAUUAAAGAUUUAUUUAUGAA